AGCACGUGUUAUGCGCCUGAUCAGCAAGAUGGCGACGCUCCUCCACAACCCGAGCUGCUCCAAGUCCCGCGGGGCCCAUGGCCUCCUCGCGGAGUACACGGCCAAGCACGGCCUCGACGUCGACGUCGUCGAGUACCUCCAGGUCGCAUGGACCCGCGCCGACCUCGAGAGCCUCCUGCGGAAACUCGCCCCGACCGAGGCGACGCCACCGCCGACGCUCAUGAUGCGCACGGGCGACGCAGCCUUCCGCGACCAAGGGCUUGACAAGCUCGACCCGCUCGCCGACCGCCUGCUUCUCCUUGAUGCCAUGGUUGCGACGCCGAGCCUCAUCGAGCGGCCCAUCUUCGUGCAUGGCGCGCGCGCCGUCAUCGGGCGCCCGCCUGAACGUGUCUUGGAGCUCCUUCCUUAAACUGCAUUGUACAUGGCAACCUUCAAGUACGCAGGAAUAGAGUCUGUGAUUCAAUCGA